AUGUCCUCAUUAAUCAAGGCAUCUCCUUCGCCCGAGGCAGGCACAUACUCGUCGACUCUGGCUCUUCCCAGCGGGACACGCAAGAGCGUUAGUAGUGGUGGCCAAAGGAAUGCCUGGCUGGAGCAGCAGCUACGAGAGCCAUCCCUCAGAGCGCAGAGCGGCCUGUCUCGCGAUACGCCUCAGGCUAUUCGUCGAGAGAUACAGCGCCGGAGAGCACGUGGGAGAUGGCCAGAACUAGACGGCGCUGGCCCACGGAAGAGCAUGUCGCCCACGGAAUUACUACAUGUCAAGGGCGAGAGCAUCACAGGGUCUCAUAUUGAGGCAUGCCAUUCAACCGGAUCCAAGAAGCGACCGCGACGUGAGUCGAGUGGGGACCAAAAGAAAAGACGUACUCUCGAUAUCAGAUCACUCGCGAAGCCCCUUGCGGCCGUCACCAACACGGUCGGAACAGCUCCCUGCCCAUCGUCCUCUCGCCCUCCUCGUGAAGGUGAAGGACGUUCAUUCCCGCUCCCAAACACCUCGGUGAAGAAGAACACUGGUCCCCAGCAGUAUCAGACCCCGGCUUCACAGUCUACUUCAUCAGUGCGGGACAUCUAUGCCGUGCCCAUAUCUCCAGCAAGACCGGCUUCCAGACCGUUGGCGGCCAUCGCACCGUCCUCGCGCAGACUGAACGCAAAGACGCAGGCGUCGAGGGCGAUUGAGCGGCUGCAGAAGCAGAGCAAGCCCCGUGGGUUUCCGGCUUCCUCGUCCUGGAGUCAGACCUCCUCCCCGCUGGCGGUCACUAGGUCUCCUCCUCUUCGUGGACUUCGCGAUCGAUCCGUCGCGAUUCCAUCAAUUGAGAAGAGCCCCUCGGUCAGUCCGGUCAAGAUGCCGCCGGUUGGCCUGGGAAGGGAUAUCUGCUCUGACCGAGCAAAGUCAAGGCAGCCUCCGUCUGCAAAAGAAAAGCACACGAUCGCGCUUGACACCCCUUCUCGGUCGAAGAGCGGAGUUGCGCCGUCCGAGAAGGCCACAUGCAAUCAGCUCCCCGCUCCAGAGUCCACCCAGGCAUCUAGCCGUGGUGAUUUCCAAGGACGCAUGGCCUCCAGGACUCUUGAGAAUGCACGUGCCGCUACCGAAGCUACCACCAUAAGCUCUGAGACCAGCAUCGAUCAGCGACUUACACCCGAGCAGCAUUUAGUGUUGAUCAAGUACUGCAUGGAAAAGGAGGACCAGUUUCUUGCCUUGGCGCAGCAUCCUGGAAGCCUAGAUGAGCCCUUUUGGAUGGCCGUCAGCGACACAUUUCACAGAAGCUACCCAGAGCUUCACUUCAGUUGGCAGCGGGCAAGCCAGGAGGUGGGUGAUCUCGUUCUGGACCGUCGACUUCGCGGGGAGCUCCACCGACUCGGAUCUCCGCCAGAGUCAUCAUCCAUGAAUUUGGAGCUCAGCCAGGCAGUUGAUCGGUGGCACGAGCUCUGUCUCCGGAGGGAGACUCACCGGCAGGUCGCGAAUUGCGGCCCCUCGUUCACCGUCUACAUCUCGGACAUGCUUGUUAGAUUUGCAAAGUCCAUCACGACGGAUGUCUUGACGGCGUACCAGAGCUCUCCCGACCGACUAUUGCGAGAGAUGAUGGAGAUAUGCGAGUUCACUAUCAGCGGUGACCAUGAUAUCGUCAGAGCUGCCUUGGAGAGACCAGACUUCUGCCGAACAGCUCGAGAGGUGAGAUCACCUUCAGACUCGCGCUCGGUUACCACGUCAGCUUCUGCCUCGAUACAUUCGCCAGAAGUGGGUUCGCCGGAGGGCGAUGGCUUUUUCUCUUCUGACUCCGAUACUUCAGAAGACGAGGAUGCUUCCUCCGACUAUGCACCCAGCCGAGCAGUGUCCUUACGUCCGACCCCGAGGAAUACGCGACGCCACCGAGAUGUUUCGACACCAGAUCUAGAUCCGCAACUGGGGAGGAGGCUUUCUGAACUUGAACUCAUAUAUUGCAGCCAGUAUUUGAGCCCUGCAUAG